CCAAUCACGGAGCACAGAGAGCGCGUUUAAUGGACGACAAUAAUACCUGUAACGUGUUGGAGUCUCUGGUUGGAGUUCAUUUUCUUGUUUGAAUUUCGAUAGAAAAUAGUGAUUUUUUCGCCUCUGUGUUUCUGUCUUCGGAGGGCAGGUAGAUUUAAAAAUGGGGAAGGCAGAAUUUUUAAGCCCUAAAGCGAUCGGCAAUAGGAUAAAAGCCAAAGGUCUUCAAAAACUACGGUGGUAUUGUCAAAUGUGCCAAAAACAGUGCCGAGAUGAGAAUGGUUUCAAGUGUCACUGUAUGUCCGAGUCUCACCAGAGACAGCUCUUAUUGGCCUCGGAGGACCCGAACCAGUUCAUGGACUACUUCUCUGAGGAAUUCAAGCAUGACUUCGUGGAGCUCCUCAGAAGACGUUUUGGGACCAAGCGAGUACACAACAACAUUGUCUACAAUGAGUACAUCAGUGACAGAGAGCACAUCCACAUGAACUCCACCCAGUGGGAGACACUGACAGACUUUACAAAAUGGCUUGGAAAGAAAGGCAGGUGUAAAGUGGACGAGACGCCCAAAGGGUGGUACAUCCAGUACAUCGACCGCGACCCGGAGACCAUCCGCCGGCAGGAGGAGCAGGAGAAGAAGAAGAAGCAGGACCUGGACGACGAGGAGAGGAGCGCCAGGUUCAUCGAGGAGCAGGUCCGCCGAGGCCGGGAGGGCAGAGAUGAGGAAACACCGGUGUUCACAGAACUGAAGCGAGAAAGUGAAGAGGAAAAAGUUGCCUUCAAUCUGAGCAAGGGCAUCUGCUCCUCUACUGCGUCAUCCUCAAAAGCAAGUUCUUCCCUGGGCCCUAGUGCCCUCCAGGCUACGGGCUCCGUGAAGAGGAAAACACCAGCUCAGAACUCGGAGUCCAAGGAGAAGAAGAGGUCCGCUCUGGAUGAAAUCAUGGAGAUGGAGGAACAGAAGAGGAAGUCGGUGAGGGCAGACCACUGGCUGUACCCGGACGUUGUGGUUAAGGUGGUCACAAAGAAGCUGGGGGAGAAGUACCAUAAGAAGAAAGGCGUAAUCAAGGAAGUCCAGGAUAAGUACACGGCCGUGGUGAAGAUGAACGACUCGGGUGACAAACUGAAGCUGGACCAGAGCCACCUGGAGACUGUUAUCCCUGCGCUAGGGAAACGGGUUCUGAUACUGAAUGGGGCCUACAAGCAAACGGAGGCCAUACUGGACCGCAUCGAUGAGAAGCGGUUUUCAGCCACUCUGAUUCUGGACUCGGGCCGUCUGAAAGGGAGGCAAGUUGAAGGAAUCGCCUACGAGGACUUCUCCAAAAUGGCCUGAGAGGCACUUCAAUGACCAAACUUGGACAACUCUACUGUGUCAGAGUUUUUUUUUUUUGUUGGUUAUUUUUAUUCAUUAUUCUUUUAAAAAUUCGUAAGUACUCUUGUCUGAUGCUGACAAAAAAUCCCUAGUUAUUACUGCAAUUAUGGAAUCCUCUUCCACGAGAAUGAUUGUCUUGUAUUUUAUCGUUUAUUGUGCAUUCUAGUUGAAAUACAUGCUAACAAAUAAAAUGUUUAUCCAGAGUAA